AUGCCAGGCGUCGACUCCAGCAUGCUUCAAGGAGCAAGAUAUGCAAAGCGCCAACAGUCGGGAGGUUCAAACCCAGGCGGACCAGCAACUUGCCCAAACAAUCCAGAUCACGUCCCAGCACCUGGCAUCACCGCAGAGUACCCAUACAACGGCGCGAAGAAUGGCUCGCAAGGUAAUGGCAAGGGUGGAUAUCAAGUUCCAGCUCCUGGCGACACUGCCCAUGCGUUUGUGGCACCUGGACCAAACGAUAUCCGUGGCCCCUGCCCUGGACUGAACACCGCUGCCAACCACAACUUCCUCGCCCACGACGGUAUUACAACAUUCAGCGAGCUCGUCGAUGCUCAGCAGAACCUGUACAAUGUCGGCUACGACUUGGCCACUCUCCUCGCUGCUCUUGGUCUCACUCUCACCGACGGAGAUCUUGUCACCGAGAAGCUUUCAAUCGGUUGUGAUGCUACCACCAGAACCUCUUGGAGCCCACUCUUAACCGGUUCAGAACCAGGUCUUGAUGGACACAACAAGUUCGAGGCUGAUACAUCGUUGACUCGAGACGAUUAUUUCCUCGGCGAUGGCGAUAACUUCUCUUUCAACGGAACUCUUUUCGGCAUGAUGACCGAAACUACCGGCGGUCUUUACAACAGAGAUGGCCUUGCCAAGUACCGAUACCAGCGAUAUCAACAAUCUCUUGCUGAGAACCCCAACUUCUACUUCGGCCCUCUCUCUCUUUUGCUCUUCGGUGCAUCUUCCUUUUUGUACGAGUUGAUGCCGUCCGGACCAGACUAUACUCCAGACGAGGCUACCAUCUCCUCCUUCUUCGGCGCCGAGAAGCAAUCAGACGGAACCUACACCUUCAACCACGCUGAGCAAAUUCCAGCGAACUGGUACAACCGAGUCAGUCCCUACACCAACAACGAUGUCGUUGCUGAGAUUCUUGCUCAAUACCUCGAGUACCCAGUUCUCUUCGGUGGUGCCACUGGCAACGGUGGCUUCGACCUCUUGAACUUUGGUAGCAUCACAAACGGUACUCUCGUUGCGGCUCCUGGCACAGCGACAUCUUGCCUCCUCUACCAACUCGCUACCCAGAGCAUACCAUCAUACCUCAACAGCAUUAUUACUCCCACGGUCGAUGCUCUCAAUUUUGUGGCUAGCAAGGUCGCUCCUCAGUUUGAGAACCUUGGCUGCCCUUCUCCACUCACCAAGUAA